AUGAAACAUUCUGAUGUGAAAUUGCAAUGUGGUGAUGCAGUCUUAUCUGCACAUAAAUCACUUCUUGCAGCCCGAUCACCCGUAUUUUCCGCCAUGUUUGACCACGACAUGAUUGAGAAGCAAACAGGAGUCGUGAAUAUUCCAGAAAAAGACCCAGAAACAUUAAAAUCUUUUCUCGAUUUUAUAUACACAGGAAGAGUGGAUAUGAAAGACUAUAAAAGUGCAUCGAAGUUGAUAAUGGUCGCCGAUGAGUAUCAGGUAGCUUCUUUGAAAGAGACAUGUUCAAUGUUUCUCAUGUCAGCACUGACUCCGGAAAAUGCUUGUGAGAUCUUGGAACUAGCUGAUAUGUUUAACAUAAAACUGCUGAAGAACUGUGCGUUGAAUUACUUUGCCAAACACAUGCAGGACAUUUCGAAUUCAUCUCAAUGGUCCAAAUUCAUGCAGAAAGAAAAGAACCCGAAAUUAUGGAUGGAAAUAAUUCAGCAUCUUGCAAAAAACUUCGAAAUUUCUCCCCAAGGAAAUAAGAAGGAAUUAAAAAAUGCUGCUACCAAGAUUACUGCACCAGGAAGAAAUGCAAAAACUGUAUUUUCAAAAUGAAAUAUGUAAUAUAGAAACAGUUUUUAAAGUAGUUUAAAAUUUCAAUCUACUUUAAAUAAUGAUAUUAAUAUCCAAGCUAUUUAAUAUAUCAAUUUCAAAUAAGU